UGAUACUCACCUUGAUCGCUAAGGAUGCCAGCAGACCUGCGGCCCAGGACUGUCAGGCGACGGCCAACAAAGCGUCUCUACUUCCUCGCACUCGCUUUUGUCUCUCUGCUCAUCUACUUUCUCGCCUUCAGCUCAUCCGAAAGUGCACCGAAUCUCAUUCGCGAUGAAGCCAGUGCUGCGGCGCGCGACGCGGAGACACACAAGCUUGUGCAUGAUUUGAAGCAAGCGGCAGCGGAUGGUGUUGCCACUGUCAAGGAUGUCGCGCGUGAUGCAGCGCGCAAAGUAGCAAACAAGGGCAAAGCAGCUGUCGCGUAUGACCCUGCAGCUGCGUUGCAAGAGAUGCUGUCAUCGUACCAGGUCAUCCUUUUCAGCAAGAGCUACUGCCCGUACUGCAAAAAGGCAAAGGCCGUCCUGGAAAAGUACACCAUAUCGCCUAGCCCGCUCAUUUUUGAGCUUGAUAUCGAGAAGCAUGGCGCAGAAUUACAGGGAGAACUAGCCAAGCUGACAGGGCGCAGUACUGUGCCGAAUCUGGUCGUGGGCAAGACUUCUCUCGGUGGCAGUGAGGAGAUUGUCGCCCUUGACAAAUCUGGGAAGCUUGCAAGUGCGUUCAAGGAGAAGAGUGCAGAGGUGAAGGUUCAGCUAAACGCAUAAGCAGAUUGAACUAUGCAAUGACAUUCAUGACUAUAUUCUCAGCGCAUGAUGGAUCGCAUCGUUGUCAACAUAUCGAGAAUUUGCAGGUGCUCGUCUGCGCCAUCAUUGAGCCGUUUGUCCGUCAAGCUCAAGUACAUGAGUAUCGCAUUCUUUUGCUGAUUCGUGAUGUGCUCGUCCUCCACCACCAAGUCAUGCAAUUGGCUCAUGAUUUGAAUUGCAUUGUAGCCUUCCGCGACGGCCUCCUUCGUCAGCUUAUUGAGAGCACCGAACGCUUGCUUCUCCUUGCACGCCCGUAAUAAGCUCUGUACGACUCCCUCUGGUACAGUCCCGGCGAUUUCUGCAAUAGAAUCGAGCGUAAUCUUAGCAUCGAGAUUGAGUGUUGUGUCUCCGUCCAAAUCAAUUGUCGUGCUCAGCAGGGAACGAUGCAAC